ACGGCGGAGAGAUAGAUGUUCUCCUUGUGUACAUUAAAAGGGGUAUAUUUAUAGUUUCUAAAGUCAUUACUGUGAGCGUUUUUUGUCGGAGGGUCCGUGAAGUCAUCAUACUCGUAGCAGUGAAGGGAGGGCCCUGCAGCCGCUCUCCUCUGCCAGAAACCCCGUACUCGAUCCUCAACGCCAUUCGAAAACUGCAACUGAAUCCAAAAUGGCAGGAGCUGAUGGAGACGACUCUCUCUACCCUAUCGCCGUUCUCAUUGACGAACUGCGAAAUGAAGAUGUUCAGUUACGACUGAACAGCAUCAAGAAACUGUCCACAAUUGCUCUGGCCCUUGGAGUAGAGAGGACUCGCACUGAACUUCUUCCUUUUCUCACAGAUACUAUCUAUGAUGAAGAUGAAGUCCUCUUGGCCUUGGCUGAGCAGCUUGGAAAUUUUACCAUGUUGGUGGGAGGACCUGAAUAUGUCCACUGUCUCCUGCCUCCCCUGGAGAGCCUCGCUACAGUGGAAGAAACAGUAGUCAGAGACAAAGCUGUGGAGUCUCUGCGCAAAAUCUCUCAAGAGCAUUCUCCAGUUGACCUGGAAGUCCAUUUUGAGCCUUUGGUAAAGCGGCUGGCCAGUGGCGACUGGUUCACAUCUCGCACAUCUGCUUGUGGCCUGUUUAGUGUAUGUUAUCCUCGUGUGUCCAGCACUGUCAAGGCUGAGAUACGCCAGCAUUUCCGUACCUUGUGUUCAGAUGACACUCCUAUGGUGCGUCGUGCUGCAGCCUCUAAACUGGGGGAGUUUGCCAAAGUCUUGGAGCUGGAUUAUGUAAAAAGUGACAUCAUUUCCCUCUUCACUGCUUUGGCUUCUGAUGAGCAGGACUCAGUGCGACUGCUGGCAGUUGAGGCUUGUGUCAGCAUCGCCACACUGCUGCCUCAGGAAGACCUAGAGACCCUAGUGAUGCCAACCCUUCGCCAGGCUGCAGAGGACAAGUCCUGGAGGGUUCGCUACAUGGUUGCUGACAAGUUCUCUGAACUCCAGAAAGCAGUGGGUCCUGAGAUCACCAAGAACGAUUUGGUCCCAGCCUUUCAGAAUCUUCUGAAGGACUGUGAAGCUGAGGUUCGUGCUGCUGCAGCAAACAAAGUCAAAGAAUUCUGUGAGAACCUCCCAGAGGACAGUCGUGAGCAAAUCAUUAUGACCCACAUCCUGCCAUGUGUUAAGGAACUUGUGUCAGACACCAACCAACAUGUGAAGUCAGCCCUGGCCUCCGUCAUUAUGGGUCUUUCUACCAUUCUGGGCAAGGACAACACAAUAGAGCACUUACUGCCACUCUUCCUGGCACAGCUCAAGGAUGAGUGCCCCGAGGUGCGUCUCAACAUCAUCUCUAACCUCGACUGUGUCAACGAGGUGAUUGGGAUCCGCCAGCUCUCUCAGUCACUGUUGCCUGCCAUCGUGGAGCUGGCAGAAGAUGCUAAGUGGAGGGUCCGCCUCGCCAUCAUAGAGUACAUGCCUCUGUUGGCAGGACAACUGGGAGUGGAAUUCUUUGAUGAAAAGCUCAACACUCUUUGCAUGGCCUGGCUUAUUGACCACGUCUAUGCCAUUCGUGAAGCUGCCACCAACAAUCUGACCAAACUGGUGGAGAAGUUUGGAGCUGAGUGGGCUCAGAACACCAUCGUGCCCAAAGUUCUGGGCAUGGCCAAUGACCCCAAUUACCUCCACAGGAUGACCACUCUUUUCUGCAUCAAUGCUCUGUCACAGGCCUGUGGACAGGAUAUCACCACUAAGCAGAUGCUGCCAGUGGUCCUUAAGAUGUCCAAUGACCAGGUGGCCAACGUUCGCUUCAAUGUGGCCAAGUCCCUCCAGAAGAUUGGCCCGUACCUCGACAGCAAUGCUCUUCAGGCCGAUGUGAAGCCAGUGCUGGAGAAGUUGGCCACAGACACAGACAUGGACGUUAAGUACUUUGCCCAGGAGGCCAUCAGUGUUCUCACCCUCGCAUAACCAACCCUACAGCUGAACCAGACAAACACCUGAAACCAACAACAAUACAAACACUUUUACAAGAUAUUUAUUGAUGUUCAGGAACAACUGAUAAAUGUAUAAAGAAAGCUGUUAACAAUUGUUUUAUCUGUUUUUUUUUUGUUUUGUUUUUUUUUUACUAUUAAUUUGUAGUUAAUGUUCAGGCCUAGCACACGCUUCUCGGUUAAACUUCCUGUUUGCUGUAAAUGUCUGCUUCAACCAAGGUAGAAAUACGAUGACGUGGAGUGCAGUGAUGCAUGUUAAACAAUGUGCUACUGUAGCAGCUUAGCUAGGCAUCGCUAACCACAGCCCCUCCUACAUUACUCCCUCCGAUUCCUUCAGCCUCCUCCGUACAUAUUGAUACCAACGUUCUUGCAGUCGACCACAGCUUCACGUGGUUCAGCUCUUACUCCCAUCUCUGUGCCGUGUGUGUUAGUGUUACACACUAACACACACUUAGUGAAGCAGAUGGAGCAGGAACUGUUCCUUCUCCUCCUCUCUCAGCCCAGUGAUGGGUCAUUCUUCUGCCCUGAUUCAGCUCCACAGGACUGAUGUUGAACAAACUUGUUUGUGUCACACACAGAGGGAAAGCAAUGAUGUUCAUCACUGCCUGUGAUCAGGUAAUCAGUUGUGAUGUCUGCAUGUAUGUGUCUAUGCUAAACCAACUGUCUUCUGAUGCUGAGUAACAAGUCAGACAAACGAGUUCUUUCAGGGACCAACUCGGUCCCAGGAUGUUUCUCAUCAUUAUCUUUCCUUCUCCUCAGUGGAGGUGGACUGUAGCAGUCGCUUGUCUUUUUCCUCCUCCUGCGGUGUCUUGCACUCAUUCUUUGUGCCAAUGACUUUGAUUAGCAGCUGUGUCUCCUCUCAGUCGACCUGGACAAACACUCUUCACCUGUCUUGUUCUCUUAAAACACCAAGAAAACCACAGCGUUGUUUUUCCUGUGAGGGACGUUUUAUUGCCUGGAUGUUAACGGAACCAUAAAAGUAAAUUGACUACAGCUAUCAGAGCUGGGGGAUUAUCAGAUCUACCCAAUUCUCCCUUAAACCCAGGCCCAGUCACUCAGAUUUAUAGGCCGUCGGUCAGCCAACAUUCAGGGCAGCUGCGCACAAAUCUUCACAGGACAUAACAAGUGCACGCUUUCAAAGAAAGAAGGGUGAGGGACCGGGAGGAUUUGUUCGUACGGCUGCAACGUGUUUUAUUCUGGGGUGGGAACUGGGCUGGUUUGAAUUAAUGUAAUGUCUGUGUUGAUAAAGAAACGUUUUCUGCCCCUGCUGCUCCCACUCUCCCCUGUUCCUGCUCCCACUCCCCACUGCUCCUCCAUUUUGUUCUCUUAAAUAAUCCAUGAUUGUUGAUUGUCCUGUAUCACACAAACUGUGCUUUUAUUUUUAUUUUGAAUUCUCCACAGUUGGGACGCUGUACUACUGUAUCUUGAUCCAAAUAAAGUAACACAAAGUAAGA